AUGAAGCCUCAAGAAUACGUUCGAGUCUCUCUUCUCCCAGCAGGCUUUCUCACCCUGCCUGAGCAUUUCUUCUGCGCCGAUCAGCAUGAUAAAAGCAUAAAGAAUCUCGUUCCUUCAAUGUCAUUCCUUCUUGAACACAUUCCAAGUCGUACAAGGGUCGUAUUCGAUCUGGGGCUUCGUCGAGACCUAAGCGCUUACCCAGACAACAUUCAGCCGCACCUGCGUACACGCCAGCCUAUUCAGACGAUUCCAGACGUAUGCGAUUCUUUGAAUCAUGGCGGAUUAGAGUCAACCGACAUUGACGCUGUCAUCCUGAGCCACAUGCACUAUGACCAUGUUGGAACUCCCUCUCGUUUUACAAUGGCCAAAUUUAUCGUGGGCUACGGGUCCCGCCAUAUUUUAGAAAAUGGAAUGAACUAUCACUCUGCGGCCCAUUUUGAAAAGGAUCUUUUGCCAUCUGAUCGGACAAUAGAGCUUCCCGUUCAAAACAUUCUUCCUCAGUUUACGCACCCUGUCGAAAUCACGACUCAUUUUACCAAUUGCCUGUCAUCAUUUUCUCCAGGGGGGCAGCAGGAGUGGAAAGCACUACAUCCUUUUGAUAAUGUGAUUGAUCUUUUCGACGAUGGCUCCUUCUAUAUCGUUGAUAGCCCGGGUCAUCUUUUAGGCCAUCUGAACGUUCUCGUGCGAGUGAGCAGCGAUCGCUGGAUUUAUCUCGCCGGCGAUGCCUGCCAUCACUCAAGGAUCUUGAAUGGAGAAACAGGGAUGGCUGAGUGGGAGGAAGAUGGGCGCCACGUAUGUAUUCACACAGACAAGAAUUUGGCAUUAGGUACUCUUCAUAGGAUCCAGAAUUUGAAGGAAAAUGGCUUCCAGGGAGGCUCUGUGCAGGUAGUAUUGGCGCAUGAUGCGGAAUGGUACCAGAAUAACUUGAAAUCAAUUUUUCCAGGGGCUGUGGAUGACUGA